ACGUUGUGUUCUUUCAUUCCUAUCCACCGAGCUUAUUUCAUUUGCUCCAGAAUUUCAAGAAGGAAUUACAGCUGGAAAAUGUGUUUUUAAACCUAUAGAUUCUUCUGACUUUAGAACUGGUUGUUGUAUUACCAGGAAAACAUAAAUGCAGAUGUUGGGAAAUGUCAAAAAUCUUGUCAAGAGAAUGGAUUGUUUCGCACAGAACUGAGAUGUGGCUUCUGAUUCUGGUGACGCAUUUGUUGCAAAGAAAUGUGAAUCCAGUACGUAUGCCGACUAAAGAUGUGGACCCAGAAGCGUUCAUGAAUAUUAGCGAAAUCAUCCAACAUCAAGGCUAUCCCUGUGAGGAAUUUGAAGUCACAACAGAAGAUGGGUAUAUCCUUUCUGUUAACAGAAUUCCUCAAGGCCUAGCUCACUUUAAGAAGACAGGUUCCAAGCCUGUGGUGUUACUGCAGCACGGCCUGCUUGGAGAUGCUAGCAACUGGAUCUCCAACCUGCCCAACAACAGCCUGGGCUUCAUUCUGGCAGACGCUGGUUUCGAUGUGUGGCUGGGGAACAGCAGAGGAAACACCUGGUCUCAGAAACAUGAGACCCUCUCCGUAGACCAAGAUGAGUUCUGGGCUUUCAGUUAUGAUGAGAUGGCUAGGUUUGACCUUCCUGCAGUCAUAAACUUUAUUUUGCAGAAAACGGGCCAGGAAAAGAUCUAUUAUGUCGGCUAUUCACAGGGCACCACUAUCGGCUUUAUUGCAUUUUCCACCAUGCCAGAGUUGGCUCAGAAAAUAAAAAUGUAUUUUGCCUUAGCACCCAUAGCUACUAUUAAACAUGCAAAAAGCCCUGGGACCAAAUUUUUGUUGCUGCCACAUAUGAUGAUCAAGGGAUUGUUUGGCAGGAAAGAAUUUCUGUACCAGACCAGAUUCCUCCGCCAAUUUUAUAUUUACCUUUGUGGCCAGAUGAUUAUCGAUCAGAUUUGUAGCAGUAUUAUUUUACUCCUGGGAGGAUUUAACACCCAAAACAUGAACAUGAGCCGAGCAAAUGUAUAUGUCGCUCAUUCUCUGGCCGGGACGUCUGUGCAAAACAUCCUCCACUGGAGCCAGGCAGCGAAUUCUGGGGAACUCCGGGCGUUUGACUGGGGGAGCGAGACCAAAAAUCUGGAGAAAGGCAAUCAGCCAACUCCUGUAAGGUACAAAGUUGGAGACAUGACAGUCCCUAUAGCAAUGUGGACGGGAGGUCAGGACUGGCUUUCAAAUCCAGAUGACGUGAAAGCACUGCUCUCCGAAGUGAACAACCUCAUCUACCACAAGAACAUUCCCGAAUGGGCGCAUGUGGAUUUCAUCUGGGGUUUGGAUGCUCCUCAUCGUCUGUACAAUGAGAUCAUUCAUCUGAUGAAAGAGGAGGAGACCAGUCUUUCCCAGGGAGUGUGUGAGCUCAGACUGUGAAGCAUCCGACACUGACAAGUCUUAGGAAAACCUUGUGGAUGAUGGGGCUGAGAUCCAUGAAGAGAGGAUUUUAAGAAUCUCCAGGACUGGAAAC